UUUCCUGCUCCGUCUGUCUUUUCCCCUCCCCCUCCUUUUGUGCCGCUGCUUUACGGCCAACGCAUCGCGGCCCUUAAAGCGGCUCUCCGCUCCGCACGGACGUGAGAUUAUCUGGACACCGACCUGGCCAUUUGCUCGGGGCUUAUUCUUCAUUCCUCCACGAUAUGAACUAAUCACCAUCUGGACAUUCAUUUUAAGCAUUGAGAUUGCAGCUAUUGGAUUCAGGGCGCAGUUCUAUAUUCUCAUUAUGUCUUUUUGUUGAGGCUUUUUUUUUCCUGUUUAAUAUCUCCGCAUCUACUCCGACGCUGUCUACUGCAUGCUUAGCAUCAUUCCUUGAUCGCCGAGCUUAAUAAUUAUCUCAAGGCAAAUCAUUUACUCAGGUCCUCUAUCAAAGGACAUAAUAUAAAAUGGAGGAAAUACCAUUGGCAUCUCUAUCUUUAACCCAUGUACAUUAUAACCCAGACGACCCAUUGUCCUUCCUAUCCGCCUGGCUCGCUCUCGUUCCACAAGCAUUAUGCGUGGCAUAUGUUACGCUCCUCUGGGCUUCGAGGGAGGCAGAGGUGUUGUUGAUGUUCGCAGGACAAAUGGGCUGUGAAGCAUUGAACUUCGUCCUCAAACGCAUCAUCAAGGAGGAACGACCAAAGCAGAUGUUUGGUAAAGGUUAUGGCAUGCCAUCCUCCCAUGCACAAUUCAUGACCUACUUUGCCGUCUACAUGAGUCUGUUCCUUAUCUUCCGACACAAACCUUCCAUCCAAGCCAACCGUUUCGAGUCUUGCUUACUGGCACGCGUGGUACUGGCCCUGGCACUGUGCAUUGGUGCCGCUGGCGUUGCCAUCAGCCGCAUUUAUUUGAACUACCAUACACCAAGACAGGUCCUGGCAGGAUGCGCUGCCGGCAUCAUCUGCGCCUUCUCCUGGUUCUUCAUCACAUCACUUCUACGAACGCAUGGCUGGGUCGACUGGGCAUUGGAUUUCACGGUGGCUAAAGUUGUGAGGAUCCGGGAUUUGGUGGUAAGUGAAGAUCUUGCCGAGGCUGGAUGGCAACAAUGGGAAUCGAAGCAGAAAUUGAAGCGGCGAAGUAACAGUGACAAUACCUCGCGCAAGUCCAAAUGAUGGAUAAUUUCUACUACUUAAUGAUUGGAAAGAAGAAGGUUUCUCGAAGUUUGACAUAGUGAUACCCCUGCGUUACAUCACACAAAGCGUGCCGUUAGAAUUUAUCACACAUAAAAUUGAUAUAUGAAUCCAUAGAUAUAUGCAUACUAUUCUCCGG